AUGUCAAUUCCUAAGCCAAGCAACGCCCUCAGAUUGGGUUCCACUGCCCCCGACUUCCAGUCGGAAACCUCGAACGGUCCAAUUUCUUUCCACGAGUUCAUCGGUGAUUCCUGGACUGUCUUGUUCUCGCACCCUGAUGAUUUCACCCCAGUGUGCACCACUGAGCUGGGAGCUUUUGCCAAGCUUGAGCCAGAGUUUGCCAAACGUGGGGUCAAGCUUAUUGGUCUCUCUGCCAACGAGACCGAGUCCCACAAAGCUUGGAUCAAGGACAUUGAUGAGAUCACGGGAUCCCAUUUGACUUUCCCAAUCAUUGCCGACCCACAGCGCAAGGUCGCACUUUUGUACGAUAUGAUCGAUUUCCAGGAUGCUUCCAACGUGGACGACAAGGGAGUUCAGUUCACUAUCCGUUCUGUUUUCAUUAUUGACCCUAAGAAGAAGAUCAGACUGAUCCUGACCUACCCAGCUUCCACUGGUCGUAACACUGCCGAAGUUUUGAGAGUCAUUGACUCGUUGCAGACCGGUGACAAGCACAGAGUGACCACCCCUAUCAACUGGGUUCCUGGUGACGAUGUCAUUGUCCACCCCAGUGUUUCCAACGAUGAGGCCAAGACCCUGUUCCCUAAGUUCAGAGUCAUUAAGCCAUACCUUCGUUUGACUCCUCUUGAUGUUUAA